AUGAUCAUCACAGGCUGCUCCUGUCAAACCACCAACGCUUUCUUCAUCAAGGGCAGAGUUUGGAGAGAGAGUCAGUGGUUGGACAGCGUAUCUCUGCUGAUAAAGGACUCAUUUGAAGGAGAGAUGCUGAUGAUUGACAACCUCUCUGGAUCUGUCUUCCAUCACUACUCCUCUACCUCUUCUCCUGUCUGGAAGGACUACAAGGGAAAUCUGCAAGAGGAGAGUCAGUGGUUGGACAGCGUAUCUCUGCUGAUAAAGGACUCAUUUGAAGGAGAGAUGCUGAUGAUUGACAACCUCUCUGGAUCUGUCUUCCAUCACUACUCCUCUACCUCUUCUCCUGUCUGGAAGGACUACAAGGGAAAUCUGCAAGAGAUCCAAUUGGCUGAGGUGGAGCAGGCGUCUCUGAUGUCAGAGCAGUUGUCUGACAAGUCGUCAUCACUGGCCCUUCCUGAUGAUCUUAGUCUGGACGACCACAGUGACUACCAGCUCCUGGUCAGGGACGGCAAGGAGGAGAGAGGGAGCAGUGACUCCCACAGUUCUGAGGAACUGAGGGGGAUUCAGGCUGGGUGUGGAGGGCGCUGGGGGCACGGAGGUUCUCGACCCCACAGCAGAGGCCCUGAAGAUGGGGUAGGGUUCCUGCUAGAGGUGGGUGCCCAGCCCCAGUUCCAGAGCCAGUCUCUCCAGUACCUCCACCACAACAGAGAUAAUAACUGUACAUCAACAGAUGGUGAUGGCCAUCACAGUGACCAGGUUGGCAGUGUCGGAUGUAGAGGUUCCUCCUCUCCUCUCUUCCAUCUCCCUGUGGAGUUCUUUCACCCCACCACAGCCACAGCGGUCCCCCCACCCAUCCACAGGAUGGGGGUAGACCCAGGGGGGAGAGAGGCAUCCAGGCUGCCAUCCCCAGCCUCCUGGUCCUCUCUGCGCUCCCCAGGGGCCAACAGCAGUGUCCUAGACUCCCCAGGGGCCAACAGCAGAGUCCUAGACUCCCAAGGGGCCAAAAGCAGGGUCCUAGACUCCUCAGGGGCCAACAGUAGGGUCCUAGUUUCCCAGCACCCGUCCCACAGUGACUCGUCCCUGGCCACAGGCAGCUCCGAGGGAAGCCUCCAGACCACCCUGGAGGAAGGUCUCAGCUUUAGCGUCUCCCCCCCUCGAGUCUCCCUGGCCCUGCCUCUCCUCUGCCCUCUCCCCCUCCCUCACCUUGACGAAACACGACAAACCCCCAGAUCACUGGGUCACCCCUCAAUGAGAGGCCGCAGUACAAUAUUCAACCUCCAAGCAACUAGAGGGCACCAGAGGAGCCAGAGCAGCUGUGGCAGCAGCACCAGUCCAGGCUGCCCAAGGCAAGACUCUAUGGACCCUUCAGAUGACGAUUGUGGGAUAGGGAUGGGAGGCGAAGGAUCCAGUCAGGCUUUUAACAGCGAACGUUUAUCAGAGACACUUAGUAGUUUGUCUCUGACGUCACUGCUGUCACCUAGCUCCCUGGCACCCCCUCUGGUGAAAAAAUGUAAUAGCACUGGGAGUUUGGACCAGGCAAAUCUUUCUGUCAGGAGUAAAGAUGGACAACAGUACUAUGAGAUAGAUGCUCAUGGAUACCUCACCAACCCUUGGACUGAGAAGAGGGGUGGACAGGAAGGGGAGAUGGGGUUUGGAGUUAAAGGUACGAGCCAGAUGAUGGAUGCCGGCUCAAGGAAAAACAGAUGAAACUUUAUCUAUCGGUUGGAACUUUUUUUUCUCCUCCAGAGGUGUUUGAUUGAUAUCUGUUCAAUGAACUCGUCUCCUCCCUCUUUCGCUCUCUCUCUUUCAUCAGUGAGAUGUCCAUGUUCUCUUCUUUCCAUGACGAUUGGGUGAAAAUUGAAGCUGAGGAAUUGGUAUACAUUUUGUGGAGGAUUACAAUGAC